CUCCUUUAUCUCCUUCUCGACUUAUUUAACGUUAAUCUCCCUCUUAACUUCUUUAACCUUAAUCACCUUCAACUCCACUCACAAACCACAUAACUCAUAACAAAUAACCUCGCUCAACUUCAACAUACUCAACAUUUGAAUUCACAUAACACAUACAUGACUUUUCAUUACCAUAACCUUUCAUUAUCUUAAUAUCUUUCACUUAUUAAAUUUUCUCACUUUCUUUACUUAUUAACUAUUCAAUCAUUUUAAUAUAAAAACUAAAACCAAAAUAAUAAAGUAAAAAUUCCUAACAUCUAUUAUAACAAAACCAACAAUAAAACAAAACUAUAAAAGAGAUUCAAAAAGAUUUUAAAAAAAACGACUGUAAAUAUGUUUGUAUCAAAUAAUGUGUACUUCCUCCACGGCUAGACUAUCUAUUGUAUUUAUAGUAUAAUUAAUAAAAAAAAUAUAUUUUUAUGAUCACCCCCUUAAUUGUUUAUGUCUGUUGAAAAAGAGCACCCCCUUAAUUUUGAAUUCAUUGAAAACACCCCCUUACUUUAUGAAUUAUCCUUGUCUCUUUUUAGUUAUAUCUCUUGUUGUAUAUAGCAUUUAAAUUUCCCUAUCAAUCUUAUAAACUAACCCAUUUCUCCCGAAACACAAGUUCACUUUUUUUAAAAUGAAUACACUUAAAGUCUCAAAGUUUUCCAUGACCAGAUUUUCAUUUGUUAAUCUGCUAUCAUUUGUUCCAUUUUCAUUUCAUUCUCUAUUAUUUCGCCUUUCAACAACAUCUUCUCGAACUAUACGCCAUUUCUACUUUAUUACACUCCAUUACUAUUAUUUCCUCUAAUAUCACCUUCUCGAACUCCACUAACUCUCCAUUUCUUCCUAUUUCACCUUCUCGAACUUCAUUACCUCCAUUACUAUUAUUUCCUCUAAAAUCACCUUCUCGAACUCCAUUAACACCAUAUCUUCCUCUAGCACCUUCUCGAACUUCGUCGACUUCGUCUUCACGAUUAUUUUUAUUUGUUACUUAUUUUACUGUUCUCCCUUCCAUUACCUUAUAUCUCUUGUCUUCCAGCCAAGUUUUACAACAUUUUCUAUGUUUUUAACUGGUUUUAUUUUAUUAAAUUCGUUACAAAUUGGUUGCUAUGAAAAUUUUUUACAAACAGCUUGGUUUCCAUGGUGAUGUCGGCUUUUUUUAAUUAGCAAACUAUAAUAAAUAUUACCUUAUAAAUUUGUUCUGGGCCCAUAACCUGUUGGAUGGUUAAGAUUUUAAGGGGUUGGGUUCUUUAGGUGAUGAGGGGCUAUUUAAAAACACAACUGCUUCAUUAUAAUUAUAUUCCAGAUUGCUUGAACACUUCCACACCAUUAUACAAUUACAUAUUAUCUUUAUAUUUUUUAUAAAACUAUUACAUGUUUUUCAUGCCGUGUCUAGAUGAGAAGUCCCUGACAUUUUCUUACGAGAAUACAAUGAUCUGUUUUUUAAAACAUUUAAAAUAAUUCCAAUAUUCGAAAUCUAAUCAAGUGUCAAGUGUUGCCUGCCAUUACAUUUAAUAUACAAACUCCAACAAAUACUAUGUACGGUACACUCAACUUCACUCAAGUCAACAUUAGAGCAGUAAAGCAGUAUGUCAAUAUCAAUGUCUUGCUUAUCAACAUAUUUUUAUUUCUUUAAACAAACUUUACGAAUGUGCCAUAAUUCUAAUCAGUACUAAUUAUGUAACUAAUUUAAAUGACAUCAUAUGCAGCACAAACUGUAUCAAAUAAUCUAAGACACAAACGAGGCGACUCUCACUUACUUUAAUCUUCGUCUUUAAAAAAGAGAUUUUUUUAUAUUAAUUUAGAGUAUGUAAAUUUAUAUCGUUUGCUAAUGGGAAUUAAACUCCAAAGGAAGAAAUCAAACUACAAUUACAUAACAAGGAUAUUCAAAUUAUAUUUCCCAGAAUCGUUUUACAAUGCUCAAUUGGAUCAAAGUGACACUUAUCCUGUGUUUGUUCGGUCUGCUUCGCGAGAUACGACCCUCCGAACCGUUCGUUUCGGAUUUUCUUGUAGAAUGGAGAAACAUCACCAACGAACAAUUACAAAGAGAAAUUUAUCCCGUAGGAACAUAUUCCUAUUUAGCUCAACUCGUGCUGGUCUUCCUUAUAACUGAUUUCUUGAGAUUUAAACCUGUUAUUAUUUUAUCUGGUCUCAGUGGAAUAACAGUGUAUUGUAUAUUACUAUGGACAUCCAGUAUAAAGUGGCUUCAAGCCUCGCAAUUCUUCUAUGGAAUGUACAUGGCCACUGAAGUUGCUUAUUACACUUACAUUUAUGCUAAGGUGGAUCCGAAGAAGUACCCUUUAGUUACGUCGUGUACUAGGAUCGCAUCAUUGACAGGAAGGUUCCUAUCUGGUGUCAGUUCACAACUACUCAUACAUUUCAAAUUCAUGGACUACAGGGAACUAAAUUACAUAACUUUGACAGCGCAGAUACUAGCAACAUUUUGGGCACUAUGGCUGCCUCCGGUUAAAUAUGGAAUAUACUUUCACAGAAGGAUAUCGACAAUUAAUAUCCCUGUUGACAAAUCAUCAUAUAAAAACUCAGAAAAGCGUACAUUCACAAGUAAUUUAAUAGAGGCUUCGAGCUUAAUAUUGAAACACUCGAAGGCGGCUUACUCCCGUCCAAAAGUGAUAGCGUGGAGCGCUCUGUAUGCGGUCGCUUUAGCCCUCUUCGUGCAAGCUCAGACUUAUAUACAAAUACUGUGGCGGUACAUACAAAAAGAACAAUCGAAUCCGGUAUUAUACAAUGGAGCUGCGGAAGCCGCUACCACUCUGUUAGGGGCCGGGGCUGCGUACAUAGCAUCGUAUGACCGGCAGUCCUUCAGUCCCGCACUUUCUUCAGCCAUACAAGGAAUCGCUCUGUUUCUAACUACCUACAUAUCGAACGUAUUCGUUUCCUACGCUGGAUACGUUGUCAUGGGAGUAAUGUUUCAUUACAUCAUCACUUUGGCCAGCGCAAAAAUAGCUAGUCAAUUAAUCGACGACAGUUGUUUCGGGCUGAUAUUCGGUAUCAACACACUCCUCGGCGUCGCUUUGCAGUCUCUCCUCACGUACAUACUGUUACAAAACUUGGAGUUUCACAUAACAACACACUAUUACAUCGUAAGCGGUCUUUUUAUAACUCUGGCCACUUGUUGGUUAGUCGGAUGGAUACUCCAUAUUGCUCAUAAUAAAAAACAAAACGUGAACAGUAAUUAAUCUACGUGAACAGUGAGCGCUUCUAACACAUCAAUAAAUUAAUUUGAAUUCGUAUAAACUUUACAGUUAGAAUCCAUUUGCCGAUGUUUUUUUUUCGAAUGAUUCGGGGAACUGACUUUAAUAAGUCAAAUAUAGUAUUUUUGGUGGUAUUUUUAAAGAAAAUUGUCCCCUAGAAGUGCUAGAAGCCAUUGGGAAGAAAUUUAUGAAAAGGUAUUAAAUGUGUAUCCCUAAAAGCGACAUCAGAAGAGAAACAAAUAUCCCCCUAUUUAUUUCAAGGACCUUUAAGUCAAGUCUUAUUUUAAUUUUAAUGAAAACUUUUAUAUGAAAUAAAGUUGAUCAAUAUGAAACAUGGCAUGAAAUGAAAUAAAAUGAAAACGAAAUGAGAUGAGAUGCGUACUGCGACCACCAAACAGCAUUUAUAGUUAUAAGAUGUAUUCAUCAUUCAUGAUUCAGUCAUCACAGUUCCAGUUUAAAGGGUAGAACAGCCAUUAUUUAUACAAUACAAUAGAGACUUCGAGGUCGUCUCAAGAUGGGUAGUGACAUUCCAUGAAAAUAUCUCCAUAAACAGCAACCUAUCUUAUACCUUUAAACAAGCAAUUCUUGUAUAUAUAUAAUCUGAAUCUCGGAAACGGCGCCAACGAUUUUUAUAAAAUUUAGUAUACAGUGGAUUUCGGGGGCGAUAAAUCGAUCUAGCUACGAAUUAUUUUCAGAAAAUGUUUUUUUCGUGUUUUCAAUAAUCAACUUUAUCGAUAAUCAACUUUAUGACUCUUCCCGACAUCUAUUGGUGAAUAAUGAUACUAUUAAGCUAUUUCAGCAGAUGGCGUUGUUAAGCCACCCGAAGCCAAUGAGUGUUUGGUUUAAGGUUAGACCAAAAAAAUGAAUUGUUUGUUUAUAAUAUUUGUGUCUUUUUCAUAUAAAAUGUAAAAAAAAUACCGAGCCAGGCUCGGUCAUCGUCUUGUGAACUAAUGAAACGCGCAUAAUGGCUGCUAACAUUUUUCAUUUAAAUUGCAUUUCAUUAAAUAAUUUAAUUCAUAGAUAAGCAUAGACUAUACACUUAAUAUAUUCGAUAGAUAAGUAAGUACUGUGAGAUAGGUAUCUACAUAUCGCAUAUUAACCGUAACUUCCGCAGCUUCGUAAAGUUUUUUAAGGUCUUUAAGAUUUUUUGAUGAGCAUUACAUUGAUAGACACAAAGACACAGGCGAAGCUAAUAAAAGCAGCUUAAGUUUGAUCUCAAUUCAAGUGCAAUAUAGUAAAGUAUUUUUAGUUAUUAUAUUUGACUUAAAAAAUUACCACAAUUUACUGGGAAAGUAAAUUGGGGAAAUGGUGUAAGAUAUUUAUUUUAGUUUACUAUCUGAAAAUAUAGGUACAGUCAAACCUGGAUAAGCGAGAGUUCAAGGGAGCACAAUCUCAUUCUCGCUUAAAGAGGUUUCUCACUAACCCGAGUUUGUCGCUAAUACUCCCUCUGAAUUUCAUUUCGCGAUUUUCCGGAUUCAAACGCAUUCACUUUUUAAGUUUAUCACUUAAUGACAGUACUUUAAUUUUCCGUUUUGACAUGAUGCAGAUCAAAACUUUCCUUCGCAAUUGAUUAAUGAUAAACUGAGUAAGUUCGACAAACAGGACGGUACACAGGCACACGUGUCUAUUAUGAAUUACCUCCUCAAUACCUCAGACAUUUAAUUGACCAUAAAACAUUAAUUAUGUAUAUAUAAUCUAGUAUAAAUGAUCCUGCUGAAUUUCCCGAAAAAUAUCCUUUCUGUGUGAAUUAGCACUAACAUAGUGGCACCUCAAAAUAUAUAUCAAACUACCUUUAAGUGUGUUGUCUACAAUAAUAUGAGCUAAGAACAUUUCAAUAAAUACUCAUAGGUUCAUAUUGCUAUAACAGCAAUGACUUCUUGUAUUUACAAAUGAAUCUAUGUUUUUAUUUACAAACUUAUCAAACUUAUUUUACUAGUACAUUUUUCUAAGUUUAGCUGCUAUUUAUUAUAAUUGUUAAAACGUUUAGGAAUUGGUAACAAUUGUAUUACUUGAGCUGUGGUAGAAAUAUCUAAUCUUAAAAGUUAUUUUUAUGUAUUGUUGCACUUAAUGUAUAGGUACUUUAGAUAUCAAUUUCUAAAGUAAGGCAAAAUAAAAUUAUUGUUGAUUUAUAUUUAUUGUUAUCCUAUUUGUCCAUAUGUCAAAAUUAAUCCUGGAUAGAAAUAUUUUAAUGUAAACAUAAAUUAUUUGCAAGUUUGA